AUGCCACCGCAAAAUCAUCAACAGGAGUUCUUCGCGGUAGCAGAUUUCAGAUGGGUGAUUUUGAACAAUGCAUAACCGCCAAAGCUCCGUUCCAAACACAGUAUUGCCUGGCCUCGGUGACGGCCCAUGUACCAAAGCCCACAGGUAUCAAAGAUCAUCUUUCGUUGAACUACCAACCGUACCUGUCUGCGGUCGAAAGAUUAUACAAAUUCAACGACGUUUCCCAACAAACCAGAAACGUAAUAGACAUGGGCUGGUGUGUACCCGCAUCUUGUUCGAUAUUAGAUUUAGAGGAAUACUUAAACGGCUAUUUGAAUAAAAUCGACAACAACGCUGUGCAUCAAAACGUCACGUAUACUGCAAGAUUUUCUGAUCUAACUUGUCGCACAGCAAUCGAGAGCAAAUAUUUUGACAAUGCCGAUAUAUCUUUUUGUUUUGUAGCUGUGAUAUUAAUAGUGAUGGUGAUAAUAGGCACUGCGUACGAUUACAAUGUGAAUUCAAAGGAACUCAAAGAAAAACCGUCAAAAAGGUCACUUGCUUCAAAACUUAUAAUGGCGUUUUCGUCUCGCAAGAAUUUCCUCGAAUUGACUAAAGCAGAUGAAUCAAAUCCAGCAUUGAGUGUGUUAUACGGAGUGAGGACCGUCGCAAUAUUUGCCAUAAUAAUGUCCCAUAGAUUUGCAACGUUUACAUCAUCAGCGAUAUUGAAUUUCGAUUUCGUAGAAUCGCAAUAUAGGUCACCCGCCGCUUGUAUCAUUUUCCACGGUGACGUAUUUGUGGACUCCUUUUUCAUUCUCAGUGGCUUAUUGGUGGUAUACGGUCUCCUCAACCAGUACGACAAGAGACGAACAAACCCUGGACUUAUUGUUGUACUUAGAUAUAUCAGAUUAACACCUGUGUACGCCUUUGUGAUAUUCUACUACGCCACGAUUUUCGCCCACGUGGGGGACGGUCCUUUGUGGAAAGUAAUAGCAGGUGAAGAUUCCAAGGACUGCAGAAAGAACUGGUGGCUGAACUUUUUGUACUUGAACAAUUACAUAAAUACAGAUCACAUUUGCAUGGCCCAUUCCUGGUACCUCCCUUGCGACUUCCACUACUUCAUAAUAGCGACUUUCGUCUGCCUGUUGGUGAAGAAGGACAAAAAAUUGGGACUGGGUUCGAUGGCCGCCAUAACUAUAGCCUCUGUAGUUGUUCCAUUUGUCAUCACCAUCGUGUACGAAAGGCCGGCAUUGCUGCACUUUUACCCAGAGUUUCUCACGGGACCGAAAAUACACCCAGAUUUUCAACUGACUUAUACAAAGACACAUACCAGGGGUACCCCGUAUUGCAUCGGGAUGUUUACGGGUUACAUCUACUAUAAAUUGAAAGGGUCUAACAAACAUGUUUGCAGAACCCAGUCGUUUGCCAUCGUAAUGGGAUCCCUAUUCCUCAUGCUCGUAUCUUUGUUCAGCGGAAUGGUGUUCUACGACCCCUACCACUCCUACAAUUCAGUGGAAUCAGCAGCUUACGCGGCCCUUCACAGACCGGCUUGGGCCUUAGGCAGCGUGGGACUGAUAUACGUGGCUAGUUUUGGUCACGGCAGUUUCCUGAAGAAGGUCUUGUCUUGGUCGCCGUGGAUUCCCCUCAGCAAACUGGUUUACGGCGCCUACUUGACUCACUUUCAGUUCCAGUUGCGAUCCGCAGCUGUCUUCAAGAACCCGAAGCAGAUCGCCUACUUUGAUGUGUUUGCUCUAGCAGUGGCUGACGCUGUUCUAGCCUUCGUUGCUGCCUUGGUUCUCUACCUUAUGAUCGAAGCGCCUUUCAGAAAAAUAUUCAGAGAACUCAUGUUCCCGUCCAAAGACAGUACACCUAAAGUUGUGGCCGAGCACCCCACAAUGGAGGAAAACAUGAUAAAUAAUAACAACAACAACAACAAUAACAAUUGCCAAGACAGUAGACUUUAGCUUGUAACUAGAUAAUAGUGUUCAAUAAACAAUGCAUAUGAGAACAUGUUUGUACAAAAUAAGUCUAGUUUUGUACAGCUGUGGACAAAAAAAAGGUUCCGGCCUAAAACGUUUAAAGAUGUUUAAAUUUUCUUUUCCAGGAAUCUUUGAAAUUUAUGUUGGAGACUUUUAAUUGAUCACAGCUGUACAUUUAUGUAGAAUGAUUUAAAAAACUGUUGACAAACUUUUACGGUGGAAAAUACAUUAGACACAAAGUGGUAAUAGACAUGGAGUAUUUAAAACCUCCUUGGCAAGUUUAAGUUUUCUUCAAAUAUUUUUGUAAGCCAUUUGGAUCUUUUUUUAAGAAAAUGACCUCGUUUUUCUUGCAUAACUUUUACCAUUUUACAAGUUAGACGGUACAUUCAAAUAAAUGUAGAAUUUAUUCACCUAAAUAAUUUUAUUUAAAUGUGUCCAAAAAGACGUUCCAGUAGCUUGGCAUAAUUUUUCAGAAAACUAAAUAAAAAUGAACAUGUCUUAAUGUUUUCACGUUGCAAUUCAAUUUUAGUUUCAAUAUCUUCACUUGUGCUUAAGCUAUUUAGAAUUACAUUUUCCUUGAAAACUAUAACGCUCUUUAUCUCGCUAAAAAGGCGUCGAGACGCUAGUUUAUUAAGAUUUUUUGUCUCCCUUUCCCAUGUACUUUCCACUCUAGAAGUAUGUCCAUGGUUUUCUUAAUCAACCUGUAUAAAUUUAUCUCUUAAAAAUACUUUUUAAGUAUUAAAAUUGACAAAUGCUAAAUUUUAUUAGUAUUUGCUAUACAUAAAUAAUAUACAAGGUGUUGUAGUAUUCCGUAGAUAAAAUUGUACAGUUAAUUCUUUGUCCAAAAGUAAAACAUAUGGACAAAAGUUUGCAAAAGCAUCAUUUUUUAAAUGAAGGGUGAUACAGAUUUAGUAGGUACAUAUUUUUUUAAUUAUCCUCUUUUAAUUUACAUUGUUUUCUUUUUAAAGAUAAUUGGAUCAAAUUCAAUAUGCACAAUAGUUUUUGAAGAUCGAGGUAAUAUACAAAUUAUAUACAAUUUUUACAUUACCAAAAUCCUCUGAGUUGUCUUACGUUUUUAGUCAAAUCAACACUGAUUGUUCUCCUGGAAAAAGACAGCAAUUCUGUUUAAUUCUUGUACUUUUUGAUUUUAUGAAUGUUUGCUGUAUAUUUAAUUAUUUCAAAGAUAUUUGUUAAAAUUGACUCAAGCAAAUUUGACAUUUUGUAUGUGGCUUAUUGGUAAGUUUUAAGCAAAUUUGUAACAAUAUAUUCAACCACCUGUAAACGUGAAAAUAAUGAAACUAAAUAAAAAGUUAUAGAACUGUCACAUUAAAAACGAAGCGUUUGCAUAUCUACUUUCAUAUGAACUUUUUUCCCAUUUUUGACCAAAAAAUAACCUGUACAAUAUCAUCGGUGGAAUAUUGCAACACCCUAUAUAAUCAGAUGAAACAAAAAGAAUAAAUAUUUGAAAUUCUUUGUCUAAUUCAAGAUUUUUUAAUUGCACUAAAUAAGUUAUAUUGGUGUCAUACAUCUACUAAGGUGCUUAUUCACAACAUGAUGUCUAUUAUAUUUGUUU